ACGCAGUGUGUCCAGCAGGACUGUACGGAAGAGAAUGUGAGAACAGAUGUAACUGCGCUAAGGAUGGAGAAAACUGUUUUGUCAGUACUGGAGGAUGUCCUUCAGGUUGUGCUGCAGGCUACCACUGGGAAGGAUGUAGAAAAAGAUGUGACGAGAGGUACUUCGGAAUUGAUUGCUCACAGCAAUGCAGCACAAACUGCACAAACCAACAUUGCCGACCAACUGACGGAACCUGCUUUUCUUGUAUAGUGGGGAAACAAGGACCAAUGUGUGACGCAGACUGUACUGCUACAUUAUGGGGAGACAACUGCACUAUGUCAUGCAGUGCUGACUGUAAGGACCAGUUGUGCAACGCUGUUAACGGAACCUGCUUCUCUUGUGUUGCUGGCAAAUCUGGGGAGAACUGCAGUGAAGAGGAUCCUCCUGUAGCCGCCAUAGUGGGACCAGUGAUCGCCUUCGCUGUACUGGUCGCAUUGAUUGUUAUUGGUGUGAUUUUCUGGAGGAGACGUAGACAUAAAAAAGACGGUUCCGGGCAAGCAGCUCCACAUGGAUUCACCAAGAAUGCUGAAAUAGACAUUAAUUUUGUUUCCACAGCAAUGAAAAACACAAACGACAUUCAGGCUGAAAAGGAUGGCCGGGUGAACCAUGUUGGGAGUGUCUACUACAAUCACGUUUCAGGAUGCAGUGAAACAGCCAUCAGAUUUGACGACCUUGAUCAUUUCUUGAGUACACAUGGAAGGGAGUUCUUUCAGAAACAGUUUAACAGUAUCCUAGCAAACAGCAGCGCAUCUACAAAAGCAGCCAUGAGCCCAGAAAAUGUGAAUAAAAACAGAUACAAGAAUAUCAGUGCUUACGACCAUUCACGUGUACAUUUGCAAACUGACGUCCUAAAGAGCUACGGUGAUUACAUUAAUGCUUCAUACAUUGAUGGAUAUCAACAAAAGAAACAAUUUAUAGCUUCACAAGGUGCCACAAAGAUUAAUUUAGAAGACUUUGUUCGUAUGCUCUGGGAACAAGAAGUUGAAGUUGUUGUCAUGCUGACUAUCCUUGUAGAGGGUGGGAAGUUGAAAUGCGAGCAGUACUGGCCCAACGAUGGGGAAAUCACCAUUGGCGAGGUUACAGUCAAACUUACAACCACACAAGUAUUCGCUGACUACACCAUCAGGAGACUGUGUCUUUAUAAGAAAGCCCCGCCUGUGCACGUACUGACACAUUUCCACUUCACAACCUGGCCAGACAAGGAUAUUCCAACAACCGCCUGGGGAUUGGUGGAUCUUGAGCAGCGGGUGGCUGCUAUUUCCACAAGUAAACCCAUCGUUGUUCACUGCAGUGCUGGUGUGGGACGGACAGGUACCUUCAUUGCUCUACAUAACACCCUGGAGCAGAUCAAAGAUACCGGAUACAUGGAUGUCUUUACAACCGUUCAGAAACUCAGGCAAGACAGAAUUAACAUGGUGCAGACCUUUCAACAGUAUGAAUUCCUGCACAAAGCUGUACAGAUAGCCAUGGUAUGUAAGGGGACUACAGUCACCACUCGCGAUAUACGAGAUAGGAUUCACGCCCUCGAACUCGCUGAAUCUGGCCAGUCCAUUCUGGAAAUGGAGUUUAAGGAUGAACAACACGAAAACGAAGAAGUUCGGGAAAACAACACUUACUGUAACAGUCGUCUGCUGACUAACAGAAUGAAAAACCGACUGGACAAUGUUCUGCCGAAGGAAUACUUCAGACCGAACCUGAGAUGUGAAACUCAACAAUUGGGGAAUUAUAUCAACGCAGUGUUAAUUCCGAGCUGUGAGAAGCAUGACCACCAAAUUCUCACCCAGCUGCCAUUACCGACAACAGUCAUCGAUUUUUGGCGGCUUGUGACCCAGUACAAGGUGUCUUUGAUUGUGGCGUUUGAGAGGAAUCUUAACACAGUAGACCAGACUAUUGCUGAUUAUCUGCCUGAAACUGAAGGUGAGACAAAAACAUGUUCAUUUUUCAACAUCAAAACUACAGGCCUUGAUUCGCGAGAUACAUGGGACGUGCACAGAAUUACAAUCA